UUGCUCGAGUUCAGUCGCGUAUUCAGAUGGCGUGGGCUCGGGUCCCAUAUAGACGUUACGUUUACAAUACUUUAUUGGCUAAUUUUCCAAUAAAAAUAAAUAAUACGCCCAAGGAACGGUCAAAAUACUGACCUGACAAAUGCCCGCGCAAUCUUCCUGUGCGCUGACGUGCGAACGAGUUCUAUUUUCGAAUUUUACCGCGAAAAUUUUCUUUUUUGGUCAUAAAGCAAAUGGAUUUUUUUGACGACGGCCGUCGAGUAUUUGGCCAGUACUUUUCAAACCAAAAAGUUUGUUAAGUGGUUUGUUCAAAAAGUUUAAUUGAGAUAAAAUAAAGACGUUCACAGUGGAUCCUUUCGUCAUGAGAAAAAUGAAAAUUUUCAAGAAGAAACUGCGUUUCUCGAUAGCCUCUAGCUACGUUUAAACUUGACGUGUUUCGUUAUACAUUGUGACAGUUUUUUACUUAAAGUUUUAAGAAUCUCACAUAUCAGCAGCGACCACGUUACUUGUAUUGGAUUUAUAAGAUUUGCAACGAUGUACAAGCAAUUUUUCACACGUGUCAUGGGAUCGACAGUCUUAGUAUUAUUUAUUAGUAUUUCUGUAAUAAACACUCAGACAGUAACAACAACGACGAUUGUAGAAACAACGACCCAGCCACCAACAACAACAGAAGCAGAAGUCAAAGUAACAACACUAGCAGAACAGAACUUAACGCAAAGUAGUAGACAAUCUAGAAGUAGUAACCGAAGCAUCGACGAUGUAUCCAUGGACGUGGAUAUAGAAGACCCACCAGAAGUCCAUAAUAUUAAAGUUGUUAACGAUGAAACAGCGUUCAAACCACCUGAAAGCGCAUCAAGAGUUAUAAUGCCUGUAUUUUUUACAAAUACAUCGAAUAUUUUAACUAAUGAAGUUACAAAUAAGAGUUUAGAUAGAGUUGAAGUUAAAGGCACGGAUAAAGGUAAAACGCCUAUAAAAAGAGCUCAAAUAAGACCUCAUGUGCAAUACGAUGAAGUGACAGGAGAAAUAGUUGAUGGGGAACAUCCUUGUCAUAGAGAAUGCAGAGAAGGUGAAGAACCGAUGAUUUGUUAUUACCAUUUCAAUUUGGAAUGGUAUCAGACUAUGAGCAAAGCAUGCUUUGAUUGUCCAUUCAAUGUCACUGAUUGCUUCCGACCGGAUUGUAUACCAGCUGAUGGGAUGAAUAGAGCACUCAAUGUUGUAAAUAGAAAAAUGCCUGGACCGCAAAUUGAAGUCUGCCAACAUGACCGAGUGAUCGUAGACGUAGAAAACGACCUGAUGACGGAAAGUACCACAGUUCACUGGCACGGGCAACAUCAGAGAGGAACUCCUUACAUGGACGGCACGCCUUAUGUCACCCAGUGUCCGAUACUGCCAGAGACUACUUUUAGAUACCAAUUCAACGCGUCUCACGCGGGCACGCACUUCUGGCACAGCCACUCUGGUAUGCAAAGAGCUGAUGGAGCAGCCGGGGCCUUCAUCGUGAGGAAGCCGAAGUCACAAGACCCCCAUGGAGCCCUCUAUGAUUACGAUAGAUCGGAGCAUUACAUGCUGGUGACUGACUGGAUCCACGAGCUGUCAGUCAGCAUGUUCACCGACCAUCAUCAUUCCAAAGGUGACAACAAACCCCCGACUCUGCUUAUCAACGGUCUGGGCAGGUUUAAGAUCUUCGGCGCGAACAACAAACAGUUUUACAUGAAGGCCGCUAGCUAUGUUGUUGAACAGGGCUACAAGUACCGGUUUCGUGUGAUCAACGCGGAGUUCCUGAACUGCCCCAUAGAACUGUCCAUAGAUGGUCACAACAUCACCGUCAUAGCUUCGGAUGGAUACGACUUGGAACCAAUCACUGCGACAUCACUAGUGACGUAUGCAGGAGAACGAUACGACUUCAUUCUGGAUGCCAACAACGAAAUCGACAACUACUGGAUUCGAUUCAGAGGCCUUAUGGACUGCGACGAGAGAUUCACAAAAGCGAAGCAAGUGGCGGUGCUGCAUUACGAAGGGGCGAUGGAAAGAGAGCCGGACGGCGAUCCCACGUGGGAGGAACUACACAAUGAGGGAUUACAAUUAAACGCCCUGAACAAAGGUGAGGAAGAAGAAGAAACAAUAAGCGUGGCCGAGAUGCGGUCCCUGGCCGGCCCGGACGAUAGCCUGAAAGAAGUCGCCGAUUACCAGUUUUAUAUUGCUUACGAUUUCUACGCGAAGAACAAUUCGCAUUACCAUAGGUCUCCGUACUAUGGGUAUUAUCAAGUACCGAAUAAGAAAAACCGUCUCUACACACCUCAGCUCAACCACAUCAGCAUGAAAAUGCCUUCUAGUCCACUCCUAAUUACCAGACCUUCUGCCGAAAACUUCUGCAACUCUUCCAGCAUCGACGCAUCUUGUGAAGAAGGUUACUGUGAAUGCUCCCAUGUUCUAUCAGUAAAACUCAAUUCUGUAGUAGAACUUAUCAUUUUAGAUGAAGGAGUAACGUUUGAUGCUAAUCAUCCAUUCCAUUUACACGGUCACAGCUUUAGAGUAGUCGGUUUGAGACGACUAGCGAAUGAAACGACAAUAGAAGAAGUCAAGGCGUUUGAUGAAGCUGGCCUAUUGAAGAGAAAUCUAAAGAAUCCUCCAAUUAAGGAUACGGUUACAGUACCCGAUGGAGGCUACACAGUGCUUAGAUUUAAAGCAGAUAAUCCCGGAUACUGGUUGUUUCAUUGUCAUAUAGAAUUUCAUGUAGAAGUAGGAAUGGCUUUAGUUUUUAAAGUAGGUGAACAUAAGGAUAUGGUCCCAGUGCCUCGCGAUUUUCCCACUUGUGGUAGUUACAUUCCUGACAAUAUGCUAGAACAUGCUACUACAGAAAAACCAAAAGAAGAGAAUAACUAUAUAUCAAUUACCCAUUGGUGGCCUGUUGUUGUAAUGAAUUCAACAUCGUCAGCAAAUAAUUUAGAUAAUUUAGUCAGUAUUGUAUUCUUAUGUAGUUUGUGUAUUGUAAAAUUGAGUAUAGGAACGUAAUUAUUUAUCCAAUGAAAGGUAUUAUUAAUGGAGAUUAGUGAAGUUUUAACAGUACUUAUUAUUUGAUUGUAUGAUUUAUAACAUUCUUCAUUUGAUUUGAAGUAGUAAGUUCAACGAUUCUUUCAGUAUUUUAUUUAUUGGACAGUACUUACGUUUAUUACUCAGUUGCUAGGUUUCAGUAUCCUGUUUUUUGUGAAGGUCUUAUGAAAUUCAUCGUUGUUUAUGUUUUAUACAUACAUAGAGAAAAAAAGGCCUUUUGCGUCAGAAUACAUAAUGAUUUGGACAUUAUUUAUAAGGCCCAUGUAUUUAUAGCGUAUUGUAAACAUAAUUACAUAUUCUGGUAUAUUUAUAAUAUUGAGUCUCGACGGUCAGAGGGCUCAAAUUAAAAAAGAGCGAAGAACUUGACUUGACAUCUCUUAAAAUGGUCUGCUCUUUUCUCAUAAAAUUUAAUGGACGAACUGUUCAAAUAUUUACGAAAAUAAGGAAGUAGAUUUAUAAAUUCUUGAGUAUAUUGACUUAUAAAGUGAUUGUUAAAUUAAGAGUUCUAUUUCGUAUCUGUGAUGACUGUAUACUGCUUGCCAAAUGUUAAAUUUCAUUUUUCAUGAAAUAUGUCGCUGGUGAUAUGUGAUAUUACAUAGUUAAGUUAGUUUUAAGAUAAGUAUUUUAUAUACAAAUUAAGUACACUUAUGCAAU